UUUUACCUCUGUGCUCACCGUACCUCCAGGGGCGGGGCGCCGCGUGAUUGUCACAUGCUGCAAAACCAUAAUAAGGACGUGGUCUAGCGUGAACUUGUAGAACAGCUCAUGUUUUGACAGAGAUGGGGUUUUUAAUUUUCACACUGUUUUUAUUUUUCACGGUUAUCUGUGCAGAGAGAAAUGGACCAAUUCAGACGUUUGUUAUCCCGCACAGUCACAUGGAUGUUGGCUGGGUAUAUACCAUUCAGGAGAGCAUGCAUGCCUAUGCAGCGAACGUGUACUCCAGUGUGACAGAGGCGCUGACACAGAACAAACAGCGCAAGUUCAUCGCAGUAGAGCAGGAGUUCUUUCGGCUGUGGUGGGAUUCUGUGGCUACAGACAAGCACAAGAAACAAGUGCGACAGCUACUGAAGGAGAGUCGACUUGAGUUCGUCAUCGGUGGGCAGGUGAUGCAUGAUGAAGCUGUAACCGAUCUAGAUGAUGAGAUACUGCAGCUGACGGAGGGCCACGGGUUCCUGUACGAGACGUUUGGGGUGCGUCCCCGGUUUUCGUGGCAUGUGGACCCGUUUGGAGCCUCUGCCACCACCCCUGUCCUCUUUGCCCUGGCUGGGUUCCAUGCCCACCUCAUCUCACGUAUUGACUAUGACCUCAAAGAUGGCAUGCAGAAGAGCAAGAAACUACAGUUUGUUUGGAGAGGCUCCCCCUCCUUGAAAGAGCAGCAGGAGAUCUUCACUCACACCAUGGACCAGUUCAGCUACUGUACUCCAUCUUACCUGCCUUUCUCUAACAGCUCUGGUUUCUAUUGGAAUGGCGUGGCUCUGUUCCCUGACCCCCCUAAAAACGGCAUCUACCCCAACAUGAGUCUGCCUGUCACCAAAGAGACGCUGCACUCCUAUGCCAAGACCAUGGUGCAGAACAUCCAGCAGAGGGCAGUGUGGUUCAGGACAAACCAUGUCCUCUGGCCCUGGGGUUGUGACAAGCAGUUCUACAACUCCUCUGUGCAGUUUUCCAACAUGGAUCCCUUAGUGGAAUACAUCAACCAGAACAGCAAGGAGUUUGGAGUGACAGUCCAGUACGCCACUCUCAGCGAGUAUUUCCAGGCUGUCCACCAAUCAAAUCUCACUUGGGAGGUGAGGGGAAGUGAGGACUUCCUUCCUUACUCCACUGAACCUUUCCAGGCGUGGACUGGGUUCUAUGCCUCCCGGAAUGUUCUGAAGGGGAUAGCCAGGAGAGCUAGUUCCCAGCUGCAUGCUGUAGAGACUCUGUUCACUCGGUACCGGGUCAACUACCCAGAUGGACCGGUCCCUAAAGAGGAGGCCCUGCAGAAGCUGAAGGCCCUCCGCUGGGCUGUCUCUGAGGUGCAGCACCAUGAUGGGAUCACAGGGACAGAGUCUCCCAAGGUGUCUGACAUGUACAUAGAGCACCUAACCCAGGCUAUGAUGGGAGUAGAAGAACUCCUAGCUGCCCUCUUCCUCCUGCCCCAGGCCCUGGGCACUGCUAGCAACUCUGAAGCCUUCAAUAGACAAGACUCUCAUAGCAAGGGCUCCCAUCAGGACCUGGAGCAGCACAUCAUUGUGUACAACCCCCUGGCAUGGAACACCACUGCCAUCAUCAACGUCACGGUAACCUUCCCCAUGGCAAGCGUGUUCGACGACCAAGGACAGCCCGUACCUGCACAGACCCAGAGUUCAGCUGACUCCAACAUGACCUAUGACCUGUUCAUCGUGGUGGACCUUGGCGGUCUCCAACACAGGAAGUACCUCAUCAAGUUCUCAGAGAAGCCGAGUAAAGAGGGGUCCUUGACCCACCAGGCCUGGGUUGUGUCGUUCAAGAGACUAAAUGUUUCACAGGAGUUGAAGACAGGAAGGAGACUCUUACCGGUUCUGAAUGAGUGUUAUAAGAUCAUGCUGGACCAGGAUACUAACCUACUGCAUAGCAUCACCGACAGGCAUGAGAAGAGAACGGUGAGAAUGAGUCAGGAUUUCUGGGAGUACCAGGUCAAUGGGAAUGUCAGCGCAGGGCCCAUCUCUGACAACUACAUCUUCAGUGCUAACGGCUCGGCAGUGAGGGCGUACAAGGCCGUCAAGAUGGACAUUGUCCCUGGGAAGAUCAUCACUGAGAUCAGACAGUACUUCUACAGGGAGGAAGCAGAUGCGGAAUACACCUACUCUGUCACCACCAGAGUACCACAGAGUUUCCCCAGGGGCAGGCUGUGUUACAGGCUGGAGCAGAGCUACUCGCUGGGCCCCCUGGUGGUCAACACUGAGGCUGUCCUCAGGACCAAGACCAGCCUGAAGAACAACAGGACUCUGUUCACUGACGACAACGGGUACCAGAUGAUGAAGAGGCCUUCCAGGACGUUUGUCAAUGAUACUGUUGCCAGAAACUACUACCCCAUGGUUCGAAUGGCCUACAUUGAAGAUGACUCUAGCAGACUGGUCCUCCUCAGUGAGAGAGCUCAUGGUGUAUCCAGCCAGAGUGAGGGAGAGCUGGAGGUGAUGCUCCACCGACGUCUGUGGAACAACCAGGAGUGGACUCUGGGUUAUAACCUGACCCUGAACGACAGCUCGGUGGUGAGGCCUGUCCUGUGGAUGACACUGGGCUCCCUGGCUGCUACCUCCUCUCUCUACCAGAGGGAGGCGCUAGAGCUGCAGCACAGACCUGUGGUCAUGCCCAUCGACAGGCCACAGAAGGCCUGGAGGAAGGAGCCUCGGACCAGAUCUCCGAUUCGCUCCGUGGUCCUGCCUGACAACCUCCACCUGCUGACGCUUAGUGUCCCGGGCUGGGUCUACAACUCCAACCACACCCUGCACCUCCGCAACAUAGAGACCGGUACCCCUGGUUCCACACAGCCGGACUACGAUCGGGUCCUACUGAGGAUCAUGCAUCUGUAUGAGAAGGGGGAAGACCCGGUUCUGUCUCAGCCAUCUACCAUUAACAUGAAGGAAGUGCUGCGGGGCAUGGGGGAAGUGAGAGCGUUGGAGGAGCGCUCUCUCACAGGAACCUGGGAUAUCGCUGACCUCCAGAGGUGGAAGUGGAAGGCUUCAGAAGACCCAGGGAGGGGUGUGAGUGUUGGGGUCAAGAGGUCAAGUGUUGGUGUGAGAGGAGAGUUCAACGUGACCAUAUCACCCAAAGAAAUCAGGACCUUCUUUGUUUACUUCAAGCUCAAGUAGAAAGUUCCAGUUCCCCUUCAGUCUUCUGUGAAGAUGGAUAACUAGUCUGCAGAGAGGCCUUCUGACAUGUAGAACAUGGGAUUAAACAUUCUGUAAUGUACAUUUUGUCUUUCUUUAUUUUCCUCAGUUGAAGUGCUUCUGUUUUAAGGCCUUGGAGUGGGGAAGGUCAUUAUUGAUGCCUCAAAGCAUCUGAUACCCUCAUAACUACUGGGUUAGGUUCUCACUGUUUAAGUAGCGGUAAGGUUGUUCAUCUGUACGCCGUAGGUGAGAAACGUUCUUCCUGUUUGCAAGUGAGCACAGUGCUGACAGUCCACAGUAGACCACACGGCCACUUCCUGUUAUUGGCCUUAGAGAAUAAGAACUUUCCGUAGGGUGACAUCAGUCUUUAAAUCAAAUAUUAUUGGUAACACAUGGUUAGCAGAUGUUAAUGAGAGUGUUGCGAAAUGCUUGUGCUUCUAGUUCCGACCAUGCCGUAAUAUUUAGCAAUUUCACAACUACAAGUGUAAAGGUAGGGUGACAUCAGUCUAGAGCUGCACUUGGUUCACUUGAAUUGUCCCUUUCCAGUGGCUCUAAAAUGCGACGUUCAAAUCAAGAGCACCCAGUGAUCAAUCUGAAAGUUCAAAUAUAAAGUCAUCCAGGGUUUCUGUUCAGAACCAUUAAUAAAGGAGUUGUGGAAAUUCACUGCUAAAGACAUGCCUAGUUAAAAAAAAUAUAUAUAAGUCAGUAAAGGACAAAUUCUUAUUUACAAGGACUGCCUACCGGCGAACAGUUGGUUAACUGCCUUGUUCAUGGGCAGAAUGACAGAUUUUUAACUUGUCAGCUCGGGGAUUCGAUCCUUUCGGUUACUGGCCCAACGAUCUAACCACUAGGCUACCUGCCGCCCCAAAAGUCGAAGUAAGUUAAGCAAUCUUUAAUGCACAGAGGUUCAUUAAUUCAGUACAAGCCUGAUGAAACUCUAAAGAGUAGAUUCCCUUUAUACUGCAACACAAACAAGUCCUCUAAGCAUGGUUGGUUCCUGCAUGUGACUGACUGAUGGCACACCAGGCUUCUUACCUUAAAUGGGAUAUUGUGUCACUCCUUGUUCCCAGAGCAAUGUUCUGGGCGUACUGCCAAAUUGCUUAUGAGUGUGGUUUACUCCUUUGUGCAGUCAACUCGCCACUCGCAUGAACCCAACCAAGUCAGGUUAUUAGAAAAGCAGCAUUGUGCCAAACAUGAUCACACACACACAGAGAAAUUUCCAUUAAAUGCAUUGCUUUUUCUUGUGACGUCUACAGCGGUGACUCAUAGGAUUUUGCAUCUGUUCAAUGGAGAAAGACAAUGAGAUGAGCAAGUGUCAUUUUGAAGGGGCAGUUUUGGGCAAGCAUGCAAAUAGUACGAAGUGAUCAAACUAAAGGAUAGAGCUUUGCCACUUUACCUGACAUACGUUUUAUCACAUUUGCAAAAGGAUGAUGGGAUAUACUUUGCUUGGUUACUGUGGAGAUACUGAGAUUUCAGAAAGGACAUGGUGCUGGGACCACACUCUAGGUCAGGGCUGUCCAACCCUCUUCCUGGAGAUCUACAGUCCUGUGGGUUUUCAGUUCAACCCUAAUUUAACACCUGUUUCUGCUAAUUAGCUGGUCAACACCUUAACUAGCUUAAUCAGAUAUGCUAAAUUAGGGUUGGACUGAAUCUACAGGACAGUAGGUCUCCAGGAAGAGGGUUGGGCAGCCCUGCCUAGGUCAAUGGUGCCAAACUCAUUCCUUGGCCUAGUCAAAGAUGGAUAAAUGAAGAUGGUUCACUCAAGCCAUUUACCAUUGUAAAAAAUAUGAAAUGUUCCUGUCUAAGUGGGUGUUCCCUCUUGCGUAAGCAUGCUUUCCCAUGUAAGCUCACGGUUCAUCCAAAUGGGGCUUGUUCCUCUGCCCAGGUGUUGCUGAUGCCAGAUCUCACAACACCUGGAUAGGUAUUUUACAAAUUACUGGUUGAUGCAUGCAACAUCUGAGCAGGGGAACGCAACCAAUAUCUGGCAUGCUCACGCCAGAGAGGGAACAUCAGGCUCCACUUGUUGUCUGCUCGCCCGCCCCGACCCACAUUUCUUUGCCAGUGAGAUGUCUUGCUCUGAGACACCCCCAUAGUGGACCAGAGUGGUUUCACCCCAAUCAGAAAAAUUAGACGGAGGGAUGUCUUGGUUUCUAUACCGUCUCUGGCCUAGUGUUUGCUGGUUUUUGGUGUUUACUUUCAGUUAAGACCUAGACAACCAAGUGAGGAGAGUUUCUUACUAAUCAAUGAUGUACAAGGGAGGAGGGAAAACCAGCAGACAAUCGGCCCUCCGUGUGGAAUGAGUUUGACAUCCCUGGUCUAGGUGAAGCCUCUGAAGGUUGACGUGUGGGAUACCAAGGAGAUGGGCCCUGGAUAUACUCUGGGCCCUAGUUAAGAUUCCUGUUAAUACAGAUCGUAUGACUGUUACAUUUCUCCAGUCUACAGAAUUUUUUUCCAAGCUUACUGUAAUUUUGAGGUCAAUUUUCACUAUACUUACGCAAGGGGAGAUGGGUAGUGGAGUCCACAGCAGUGUUGCCAGUACAAAGGGGAGAGAGAAAUGCCAAGCUGUGAUUGGCUGUGAAAGUGUGAAAUAAAUAAAUACGGAGAGAGAGGGAGAGUCAGAAAGGUGUUGGUAUAAGUGAGAGAACAGAUCACCCCAUCAGUCAUCUGACAUGAGGUGCUUGUAUAACUUGUUGUGUUGCUGCCUGUGUAACCGAUGUGAAAUGGCUUGCUAGUUAGCGGUGGUGCGCACUAAUAGCGUUUCAAUCGGUGACAUCACUCGCUCUGAGACCUUGGGUGUCAGUUGUUGAUGUGUGCAGAGGGUCCCUGGUUCGAGCCCAGGUUGGGGCGAGGAGAGCGAUGGAAGCUAUACUGUUACACCUGCUCUGCUCGUCAAUCUGUUUUCUCUCAUCCUGCGGUAAGUGCAGACCGUUCAUAUUGGGUUAAUCAAAACCUAACUUAUACAUUAGAAAUAUUUUGAAAAUAACUGGUAAAAACAAAUUAUUGUAUCCUCCCUCAUGCUUGUUUUACGUGUAAUAUGUAGAACUCAUAAAACCGGUUUGUUUGGAAGGGGUUGUGUGUUUGUUAAAAAAUGGUGGUGUGAUUCUUAUUGAUUAUAUCGACUCAAUAAAAAUCAAUUGUUGACAAAAAAGAAAACCUUGUUUAUACCAUGGUAAGAAUGAGUGAAUAAUGAUUGAUGUGGGUGUGUUAUAAGGAUCUAUACAUUACAUUGGAUUUUAUGUGUAUCCUUGUCAUUUGAUACUUUAGUAAUAUGUUAUUUUCUCUAUCUCUCCACAGGUAUAAGCAGCACGUUGGUGGUGAUCCAGUCUCCUCAUAAUGUAACAGUAACAGAGGGUGACACUGUUCAGAUCCACUGCUGCUGGAAUACAAAUGUGUCAAGAGCGACAGUUAAUUGGCAUAAAGAAGGACACACCGAGAUAAAAUAUAAUAGUUUACGGGUCAACAACAGGCAGUGUCAUGACAGGGCAUCUCAACAGACUGUAGCCUGUAACUGCUCACAUUGGACCAUCUCAAACCUCACUAGAAAUGACACGGGUACUUACAUCUGUAAAGUUACUAUGGAGAUACCAUCUCAUAUUGAAUCUGUGGGGAAUGGGACACGGAUAACAGUUACAGUCAGAGAGCAUAAAAGCCAAGUGAUUAUUGAGACCUCGGAGGACAUAGCAGUCCCCUACACCUUGAGAUGUCUCCCAGUCAUUAUACUGGUGGCCAUAUUCUGUUACUAUAGCUACCAGUGGAAGAAAAGUCAAUAGGGGGAGGCCACAGCACCUGAAGGCUGAGUGACUGGGUUCAUUCUCAUAUCCUCCCAGAAAGAUGAAGCAUCUGCUGGUCUGGCUGCUCCUCUCCUACUUCUGUUUCUUCUCUUCUUGGGGUAUAAGCAGCACGUUGGUGGUGAUCCAGUCUCCUCAUAAUGUAACAGUAACAGAGGGUGACACUGUUCAGAUCCACUGCUGCUGGAAUACAAAUGUGUCAAGAGCGACAGUUAAUUGGCAUAAAGAAGGACACACCGAGAUAAAAUAUAAUAGUUUACGGGUCAACAACAGGCAGUGUCAUGACAGGGCAUCUCAACAGACUGUAGCCUGUAACUGCUCACAUUGGACCAUCUCAGACCUCACUAGAAAUUACACGGGUACUUACAUCUGUAAAGUUACUAUGGAGAUACCAUCUCUUAUUGAAUCUGUGGGGAAUGGGACACGGAUAACAUUUACGUCCCAAAAUACGACAAACAAUGCAGAUUCCUCAGAAAAAAGUCCGGCCCAGCUGUCUGUCAUGAUUCCACUUACUGUCCUGCCACUGUUCCUCAUCGCUCUCAUCUGCCUGUACAUGGCAUGGAAAAAACACCAAGGUCAGAGGGUGGUGCCCCAGACAGAGCGGCCAGGGUGAUCCACGAGGCCCCCAACCAUGAGGACGAGGAGUUGAAGAUGGAGGAGCUGGAAGAGGCCGCCAAACAGAGCUCUUCCUCCUCCUCCAGAGGAUCCACCCAAUGGUGUCAAGUCCAGGUGUAUGAAUCACUUGAUUACUUGGCUUUACCAACCCAAGACAAAGGUUAAGGACUGGCUCAGCCCAGUCUGUCAAUGUAUUUUUCUAUUACAUUUCAUGUGUCAGUCAUUUCUGUAUGAAUUUUACAGUAUGUAUGUACAGUGUAUUUUUGAUGUGUGUGUUUUUGUAUUUGAUUGCAGUAGGUAAUUACUGCUAUUGUUUCUUCUAUAAACCAUUUUUACUGUG